AUGAGCAGUGAAAUAGCCAUCAGUACAAUUGAAACAGUUAAAAAGAAACUUGAAAAAUAUAAUUCUUCGAAACAAAAUGAUAAAGUCGAAGAAUACCUUCAUAAAUUGCAUAAUACAUCGAUUACUCCAACAUUACUUCGAACGAAAAUAGAUGUUCUCGUUCGUCAACUUGCAUCGAACAAAGAAGCAAGUUAUUAUCCAACAGCUAAAAGUCUUCUUAAAAAAUGGCACGACAAAAAUCUAUUAUCAAAAACAAUGAAUACAUCCAAAGUUAGGACGACAACAAAUACGAAAAAAUCAGUCACUGAACAUAUUCUUUCUGUUAAAAGAAAAUCUAAUGAUUAUGACGCAACAUAUUCGAAUACAUUAAGUGAAUCUCAAUCAUCUGAUGAAUUUAAACAUAGUGAUCGAGAUCAAUCAUCAUCGAUUAAAAAACGUAAAGUUCUUUCUCUGGCCGAAUAUGUUGUUAAUAAAAAACCAAUGCCAUCUUCACUACCUACGGUUGACUCAACUCAAGAUAAAUUAACUGAUACUCAAAUCAAAGAAAUCUAUGCUCAAUUUGAUGCUACAUUUGAAGAAUUGGCUGCUAGUGCGCCUGAUCUUGCUAACAAUGUUAAUAAGAAAUUAAAACAAAACGAUACAAUAAAUAACAAUCGAAAUGAUUUCAUUGCUAAUAAUCAUAAUUUAAAAAUAGCAACAAUUGAACAACCCAAAACAAAAUAUAAUGAUAUUUGGGCAGAAGAAGACGACGACGACGACGACGACGAUGACGAGGAUGAUAAUGACAAUGUUCAUCAUAAACAAGAAAUUACUAAAAAAUCUCAACCUAUUAAAAACAAACAAAUAGUGAACAAUAAUAACCUUGAUAGUCAACAAGUAAAAAUACCAUCAGCGACUGCAACAAAAAAAAAAGGAAAUAAUUCAAUGAUCUCAGCAAUUACACCAAGUGUUGCUUCUUUAGAAUAUUCACAGCCAUCAUCUAAUUCAUCGAAAUUACUACCUGCUACUGUCCCAAAAAGAUCUGCUCCAGCUUUUAAUUUUCUUCGUCCAAGACAAGGACGUCAGGCUAUCUACUCUGGUGUACGUGCUUCUCGUACCAGUGUUCCAUCACUUCAAGAUCUUUGUGUUGAAACACUUAAGGAGCAUGUUGACGACAUAUGUCAUACACAUUUUUUUCGACUUCCUUAUGAUGUAGUUAAACCAAUUAUUGACGUAGCAACACCUGAACAACUUUAUUCUAUAAUUGAUAAUAAUCCAGAUUAUUGUGAUGAUGUUGAAUCAUUAUGGCAACAUUUUUGUUCAUUACAUUUUAAAGAUGCUGAACGAGAAGAAAAUGAAACUUAUUAUGAACUUUAUUGGCGCAAACGCAAUGAAAAAGAAGAACGUUUACAACAAAUAACUGAACUUGCAAGAAGAAAAAAGGCAGAAACAAUUGAUACAACUCGUCAUACAAAACCACUUAAUAUACGUCAACCUACUAGCCAUCAUAAUAUCACUUCAAAUAAAGUUGCUCGACAAGUUGUUAAUCUUCCAUCAUCAAAACAUCACCGAGGACAAGCAAAAGUUAAAAAACCAACAAUGCCACCAUUACUCAAAAAAGCCCUCAAAGUCUAUAAUGGAAAAAACUAA